AUGAGUGAAUUUACUGAAAAACGGGACAAAGUCAUGGGAUCGAAGGAACAACAAGGAACAACAAACAGUGAAUACGGUCAUCGAUUGGAUUUGUAUGAAACGCACCAGUGCAUCACAACAAAUCUCAAAAGCAAUAACAGCAAUGGAUGGUCGAUUUUCGGGUGGAAGAUUGACGGUGAACGUUGGAUAUUCGAAUGGGUGAAAGAUUUGGUUGGUUGGAAUAUUCCAAGUGGAUUCGAUUCGUCCGUCCAAUUAAUCGGCAAUCACUGGUUUGAAGUCUAG